AUAAGGCCGUAUGGACGUUGCGCUCGCGCUCGGUGGAUGGGGUGGGGGGUAAACGGCACUUCCUGUUCUCUCGUGCUGUAGAGGAGGCGUCGUGUGCGCAGCGUCCACAGAUACAAACAAGAAGGCGACAAUGGCUGAUAUAUCGCUGUAUCUCACAAACGUUAAUGUGUCGAUAGGACAGAACAUGCCUGUGCAGCAGGGUCCAAACCCGGCCAAGGGCUUUGAGAGUGUGGAGCUGCUAGACAGAGUGGAUGAGCAGCAGCAGAGGGAGAAGGUUCCCCGUCGGAUCAUUCAUUUCUCCAGCGGGGAGACAAUGGAGGAGUACAGCACUGACGAGGAGGAGGGAGAGGACAAGGAGCCAGAGAGGAAAGACCUGCUGUCUUCCCCAGUUGAUGCGGUGAGGUCAAAAAUGACCUGGGGUCCAUACUUCUGGUUCCACAUGUGGAGAGCUGCCACAUCCACCAUCUCAGCCUGUGACUACCUGGGGGAGAGGAUGGCCUCCCUCUUUGGAAUAACAUCAGCUAAAUAUCAGUACGCCAUUGAUGAAUACUACAGGAUGAAGAAGGAGAGGGAGGAAGAGAAAGAGGAAAACUGCUUGUCAGAAGAAGCAGAGAGAUCCUUCAACCAGCUACAGCCUCAGGAAGACAAAGACGAUCCAGUCACCAAGCCAGACCAGACAGAUGUGGCUACGGCUUAUCCUGAUGUCACCUAUCAGGUUGAGAAUGAAUAUCAGGCAUCUUCAGGCACCGUCAAAGUCCCUGUUAUUGUCAAGGCAACCUAACCGUCCCUAAACAAGGAUGUGUGCAGUUUAAUGUCUGUCUGUUAAAGAAGGAACUCUGUCUUGAUGCACCAAGCGCCACUUGGUUUGUGUACAACACGGCUUUAGGUGGGCAGUGCUUCUGUAUGGUGUUUGGCAAGGAAGGUAGUGGUGGAGUUACUCUGCUGACUACCAAGUGUUCCUUUGCAAUAGUGUAGCAAAUGAUAAAGUAGCUGCUGGAUUCAGCGUAAGUCAAAGUGUUAGCACGUUAUCUGGCAACUUAUCUACUAUAAUAACAUUUUCUUACAUUUUGACCCAAUUUACAGUGAAGUUUUUUCACUUAUUGGUUAGUUACUCCCUUAUUUGUCAGCUCCUGCAUUAUCAGUUGCUAUGACAGCCUCCCAAAUUUGAACGUUUGAUGUGGAGUGAAAGUUAAAUUUUGCUUACCCAGUGCCUCUGAUGGACCGGACACUGUGCCUAAUUCACCAGUACAACCAAACCAGUAACAGACAAAGCAUAAACUUGGAAAUGAUUUAAAAUGUUGAAAUAGUCCUUGAUUUAACUUAAUAGGUGCUUUGAGUGCCGUUGGUUUUAUCGAGAGUCUGAUGAUGAAGCGUUUUUCAAAUAUUUCAUGCAUUUUGUCCAGAUCUUGGCCAACUGGUUCUUGAUACAUGGCUGUACCAAAGAGCUGGCCAUUUUAACAUUCCCUCACUUGUUAAUUUGCCAUCUGUAUUCAUGUUUAUUAAGAGUAUUGCACUCAGUGUCUGUGGAAGCAGUGAUCAGACUUUGCCUCAGUUAUCAAAUCAUCCGAGGACCACGAGACAUCUGACAUGCUAUUGAACAACUAUGAAACGGGUUUAGGUGUUCUCUGUUGCUCGUAUUGUCUGCCUCACCUACUACAGAUAUAAAACGUACAGUAGUAGAUCUACAGAUCUAGGCCUUUGAUAACAGGAAACAGUGUUAAACUAAGUCUGCAUAAAAGACAUGAAAGCUUACAUUUGUAGCUUUUUAGUACAGUUUUUCAUAUUUAUUUCAUUGAGCUGAAUUGUUUUACUAAGCAACACCAAUGAUGUGUUAAUAAAAUCAUAGUGACUUUUA